AUGCAAGGUACUCGUCGUGUCAAGGCUCUCUGCAUAGGAGCCGAUGUUUACACACAUUUGGACCCAUUGGAUGAGGCUGUGAAAGAUGCGCGUAGAAUGCAUAGGGAUCUGGAAGGCAGCUCGGGCUGCUCCUCCUUCCUCCUCGCCAACCCGUCGACGAGACAGUCCAUGUUAGACAUUCUUUCCUCUCUCGCCAUGGACUGCCAGACCAAGCGACCGGAGCUGAUGCUGGUGUUCUAUGCCGGGCAUGCGAUACAGCUGAGCUCGGGUGAGAUCGCAAUGCUGACAUGCGAUGUCGUGAGGCCGGAGAUGUCAGAGGAGCAAGGAUGGAGCGUGGUGACCGUCGCAGAUAUGCUGAGCGCCAUGGCUGCGGGGGCAGAGAACGUGGAGGGGCUAAAGUAUCGAGCCAGUGAGAUCGGACAAGACUAG